AUGUAUGGAUUUCCAGAUUUUGUACAUGUACCAACUAAAAAAGCUCAUUACGAUGCUUGGAGCAGUACUACCGGUAGCAGUAGCGGAUGUAGCAGUAGCUGUAGUCCAGAUCAUCUUGAAGAACUUCAUGUGGAUAUUCCUAAUUCGUCAACAGCAUCGGUCGCUUCAACAAGUACACCUUCACAUUCGUCGCCUGAAAAUGUUGCAAAUGCUCGUGCUCCGGUACCGACAUUUACAGAUCUAAAGCCAAUAUCACCAAAAGACAACACUUCUACCCUGUCCAAUGCUCUGGCACAAGCUUCUGAAGUCCUGGCCAAUACUGGACCAGGAUCAGAAUUGCUUAACUUUGCUUCAACUCCACCUCAACCUUACCAGCCCGUAACUACACCAACCGGGGAUACAAUAGUGGUCCCACUUGCUCCAAAGCCGAUCUAUCCAAAUUCGAACAUUCCUGCGGCUGUUCAAAGUAGCAGCCAUCCAAGGAUCACCAAUGAUGCUCGAUUUUCGAGCUACGCCGAAUUUGAUGAAGCCUUUGAGGCGUGGAAACGCGAACGCCUUCAUCCGUUCCGUGUCGCUUCGUCAGAAACUCUUCGCGAACCUGACGGCACCAUUAAUCAUCGUUUCAAGUACCGCUACGUCGUCUUUCAUUGUGCACACUAUGGCGAGCCCAGAAUGCGAGGUAAGCUCUAACC